AUGCCUGAACUUCUCAGCAGCAUACUCAAUGUGAGUAAGGUAUUCCAGAAAUAUGCUGAACACCACGGGGAAUACGCUUCAUUGAACAAGAUGGAGUUGAAGCAGCUGCUUCUCACUGAGUUUGGAGACAUCCUUCGGAGACCAAAUGACCCAGAGACUGUGGAAACCAUUCUGGAACACUUGGACCGAGACAGAAAUGGAUAUGUUGAUUUUCGUGAAUACCUCUUGUUGGUGUUCCAAUUGGUCCAAGCUUGCCAUCGUAAACUAGAUAGUAAGUCAUGUGGAGGUAAAACCUCCUCCCAGAAAGAACGGGGUCAGAAAGGAACACAGAGCCAUAAGUUUUCUGAAAACACAGGCAGACAGCCUAGGCAGUCUGAAGGACAAAGUCAGGACGUCCAAGAACAUAAGGACUCGCACCAGGGUCAGGCAGAGAGACAAGACACAGAUUAUAGCUCUGAUCAGUCUGAGACAGACGAUCAGCACUCUAGCCCUGAUCAAAGACUGAGUCAUAAAUCUAGCAACUACCGACCCAAAAGUCAAGGAUAUAUCUUUGCCUUAAAUCAGCCUGAGAUCCCAGCUCAGGUUUCUCAUUAUGGCCAGUCUAAAACAUUUGGACGAAAAAGCAGCAAUGGCCGGUCUGGAAGACUCCGACAAGAUUCUUACUCUAGUCAAACCAGUCAACAAGAAGCUGGUUCUUAUGAACAAUAUGGAAAACAGUAUCAGAAAUCAGGCAACAGUCAGACAGACAAACAGGUCCAGAAUUCUCGCUAUGGUCAGUCAGACAAACAAAAACAUACGUUCCAACAUGGUCAGACAGAUGGACAAGGUCAGAGCAAAGGCCAGAAUUUUCAUUAUGGUCAGACAGGCAUUAAAGGACAGAGUUCUCACCAGGGUCAGACAGGCAUCAAAAGCCAGAGUUCUCACCAGGGUCAGACAGGCAUCAAAAGCCAGAGUUCUCACCAGGGACAGACAGGCAUCAAAGGCCAGAGUUCUCACCAGGGUCAGACAGGCAUUAAAGGUCAGAGUUCUCACCAGGGUCAGACAGGCAUUAAAGGCCAGAGUUCUCACCAGGGUCAGACAAACAGACAAAACCAGAGUUCUUACCAGGGUCAGACAGGCAGACAAGACCAGGGUUGGCAUCGAACAGACAGUCAAGGCCAGGGUUUCCAGUAUGAUCAGACAGGCAGACAAGGUCAGAGUUCUCACCAGGGUCAGACAGACAGACAAGAGAGUUCACGUUGGCAUCGGACAGACAGUCAAGGCCAGGGUUUUCAGUAUGAUCAGACAGGCAGACCAGGUCAGAGUUCUCACCAGGGUCAGACAGACAGACAAGAGAGUUCACAUUGGCAUCGGACAGACAGUCAAGGCCAGGGUUUUCAGUAUGAUCAGACAGGCAGACAAGGUCAGAGUUCUCACCAAGGUCAGAUAGACAGACAAGGCCAGAGUUCUCACCAGGGUCAGACAGACAGACAAGACCAGAGUUCUCACCAGGGUCAGACAGACAGACAAAACCAGAGUUCUUACCAGGGUCAGACAGGCAGACAAGACCAGGGUUGGCAUCGAACAGACAGUCAAGGCCAGGGUUUCCAGUAUGAUCAGACAGGCAGACAAGGUCAGAGUUCUCACCAGGGUCAGACAGACAGACAAGAGAGUUCACGUUGGCAUCGGACAGACAGUCAAGGCCAGGGUUUCCAGUAUGAUCAGUCAGGCAGACAAGGCCAGAGUUCUCACCAGGGUCAGACAGACAGACAAGACCAGAGUUCACGUUGGCAUCGGACAGACAGUCAAGGCCAGGGUUUUCAGUAUGAUCAGACAGGCAGACAAAGCCAGAGUUCUCACCAGGGUCAGACAGACAGACAAGACCAGAGUUCACGUUGGCAUCGGACAGACAGUCAAGGCCAGGGUUUUCAGUAUGAUCAGACAGGCAGACAAGGCCAGAGUUCUCACCAGGGUCAGACAGACAGACAAGACCAGAGUUCACGUUGGCAUCGGACAGACAGUCAAGGCCAGGGUUUCCAGUAUGAUCAGUCAGGCAGACAAGGCCAGAGUUCUCACCAGGGUCAGAUAGACAGUCAAGAGAGUUCACAUUGGCAUCGGACAGACAGUCAAGGCCAGGGUUUUCAGUAUGAUCAGACAGGCAGACAAGGCCAGAGUUCUCACCAGGGUCAGAUAGACAGUCAAGAGAGUUCACAUUGGCAUCGGACAGACAGUCAAGGCCAGGGUUUUCAGUAUGAUCAGACAGGCAGACAAGGCCAGAGUUCUCACCAGGGUCAGAUAGACAGUCAAGAGAGUUCACAUUGGCAUCGGACAGACAGUCAAGGCCAGGGUUUUCAGUAUGAUCAGACAGGCAGACAAGGCCAGAGUUCUCACCAGGGUCAGACAAGCAGUAAAAGCCAGAGUUCUCACUGUGAUCAGCCAAAGAUUGGGAAAACUGAAAUCCAGGGGCAAAACAGGUCCUUCCAAGGAACUGAUAAAGCAAGAAGAGACUCAUAUGUUGAACAAUCUGGAAGAUCAGGAAAACUAAGUCAACAGACUUCAAGAGAAGAAGUAAAUCAAACCCAGAGACAGAGAUUCCAGGAUAAAAGGGAGCAGCAAAGCCACCACCAGGCAUGGACGCUUGAAGAGGGUAAUAAGCACAAACUCUUAGCUCCGAUACAGCAAGAAGAGCCAUACCCCCAUGAAGAGUAUGACUGGCAAUCACAGAGUAGCGAGGAGGGCCACUGGGAAGAGGAAGAGCAUCAAAAUUGGGAUGGACACAGUUUUGAGGAGCAGGAAGGUCUAUAUGAGAUGUAGAACAGACAAGCCCACAGAGAUGAACCGCAUCAGAAACAGGAUAGGCAAACCUCUGUAGAUGAGCAGAACCAGAAAAGACAACACAGGACAACUCAUGUAGAAAAUCAAGAUCAUCAACAAGGUAGGAAUCAUGAAGAUAAGCAAAACCAUCAAGGAAAAGACAAACAUCAAAAGCAUCAUCAACAAUGGGAUAGACAAACUCAUGAAGAAAAUAAAAGGUAUCAAGGAUCCCAAGACCAAUCCAGAAACUUACCCAACAAAGAAAAAAUUCACAAGAAUGAAGAUGACCAGGGCCAAGGAUCCCAGGAAAGACAUUUCUUUCCAACCCAUGGUAGUGGCAGGUCCCAAAUAAGAGAACAAUAUGGAAACUACCCUACCAAAACAGCUAAUUCUCCCAGCCCCCUCUACGACUAUGUACGAGAACAAGCAAUGAGUGCCAGAGGUGAAGCAGUUUGA